GGUGAUUUCUGGGAUAUGGCAGAUGCUGCAGUGGUGUGUAGAGAACUGGACUGUGGAGAACCUGUAGAUGCUGUGACUGAUGAUGACUUUGGGCAAGGAUCGGGACCAAUCUGGAUGAGUGCUGUAUUAUGUACUGGAUCAGAGUCUACACUGAAGAACUGUGGAUCAUCAGGAUGGAGCAUAAAUAUCUGUACUCACAAUGCAAAUUCGGGGGUCAUAUGUUCAGGUCAUAAGCCUUCCAGACUUGCUGCUGGAUCUCACCUGUGCUCUGGGAGAUUAGAGAUACUUCAUGAUCAGACGUGGAUGUCAGUGUGUGACGCUGCCUUUGACCAGCAGGAUGCAGAGGUUGUGUGUAGAGAGCUGGACUGUGGGGCUCCUGUACAGGUGCUGGGAGCAGCUGCUUUUGACAAAGGAGACACUCAGAUGUGGACACAAGAGAUUCAGUGCAGAGGAAAUGAAUCUCAUAUUUCAUUCUGUUCAAUAUCAUCAACACACAAACACAACUGCAGCAGUGACAAUAAUGUGGGUCUGAAAUGUUCUGUUGUUUGUCCAGGUUACGCUGAUCUCAGAUUGGUAAAUGGCUCAGACUCUUGUUCUGGAAGAGUGGAGCUUCAGUUUCUCAAUGAGUGGGGCACAGUGUGUGAUGCAUGCUGGGAUAUGAGAGCUGCCAGUGUCCUCUGUAGACAGCUGAAUUGUGGGAUUGCUGUGUCUGUUGUGGGAUCAGACUGGUUUGGAGAGGGAAGUGGUGAAAUCUGGGCUGAUGUGUUUGAUUGUGACGGGAAUGAAACAAAACUCUCAGAAUGUUCCAUCUCUUCAUGGAGUCGAGCUGAAUGUUCUCAUAGACGAGAUGUUGGAGUCAUCUGCUCUGAUUCCUCUCUGGCUCUUCAUGAUGGUCUGGUGCGGUUGUCUGGAGAGAGACAGUGUGAGGGGGAGGUGGAAGUUUUCAUCCAUCAGGUCUGGAGGAGAGUUCUGCUGGACUCCUGGAGUCUCACUGAAUCCUCUGUGGUCUGCAGACAGCUGGGCUGUGGCUCUGUGCUGAACUUCUACGGCUCCUCUUCAUCCAGUCCUGAACACAGUCAUGAGUGUGUGACGGGCUUCCAGUGCUCUGGGAGUGAAGCUCAUCUGGGGAACUGCAGCUCUCCACAAACUCUCAACUGCAGCUCCACACAACAGCUGUCAAUCACCUGCCUUGGUCGUGGGUCCAUCAGGCUGGUGGGUUCUGGGGGAGACUGUGCAGGGAGGCUGGAGGUUUUUCACAGCGGCUCAUGGGGGACAGUGUGUGAUGACUCCUGGGAUAUUAAAGAUGCCCAUGUGGUGUGCAGACAGCUGCAGUGUGGAGUGGCCCUCAGUAACCAGCAGGUACCAGCCUGGUUUGGUCCUGGUUCUGGACCCAUAUGGCUGGAUGAGGUGGAGUGUGAGGGGAAUGAGACGUCCCUGUGGAGCUGCUCUUCUCCAGGCUGGGGAAAACAUGACUGUAAUCACAAGGAGGAUGUAGGAGUUGUGUGCUCAGAGUUUAAAGAGAUCAGGUUAACUGAGGGCUGUGAAGGGAAUGUGGAGGUUUUCUACAAUGGAUCCUGGGGUAAUGUGUGCUGGAACCAGAUGGACAGAGACACAGCGAGUCUGAUCUGUCAAGAGCUGAACUGUGGAAGAUCUGGUGCUUUUUCUAAUUCUAUACCAAGACUGGAAUCAGCUCCUAACUGGCUGGAUAAAGUGAAAUGUCGACCACAUGAUUCAAAUCUGUGGCAGUGUCCAUCUUUACCCUGGGGACAGAAUGACUGUGAUGUUGAUGAAGUGGCCAAAAUCACCUGCUCAGAACAGGAGAGUCAUGAUUCCCCUAGAAGCUAUUUGUCAUGCCCCACAACUGCUCACCAGAGAGAGUGUUCAGAUCAUGUUCCUCUCAGACUGAGUGGAGGGGAGGGCCGGUGCUCUGGGAGGCUGGAGGUGUAUCAUAACGCUGUGUGGGGCUCAGUCUGUGAUGAUCAGUGGGACAUCAGUGAUGCUCAGGUGGUCUGCAGGCAGCUGGGUUGUGGAGCAGCACUGAGGGCUGAUGGGAAUUCAGUCUUUGGUGCUGGUGAAGGUGUUGUGUGGCUGAACAGAGUCGAGUGCAGAGGGAAUGAGAUUCACCUGUGGGACUGUCCUCUCUCCCUGAAAAACCACACUGACUGCUCCCACAAAGAGCACGCUGGACUCACCUGUGCAGAUUUGUCAGUGUCCACUACUCCUGCAACAACAUCAGCUUCUCCUCCAGUUUCUCCUCCAGUGCACUCAACAUCAGUAACUCUUCCAAAAACUCCUCCAGAAGUGUCUCUCUCCGUCCCCCCAGUGCUUGUGAUUGUACUGGUAGUUGUGCUCUUACUGCUCUUAGUGCCACUGCUUAUACUGAUUCAGCAGAACAGAGUGAUGAGGAGAGCUCUCUCUAAGAGACACAGGAUGACAACUGAGGCCGUUUAUGAGGAGAUCCAAAACAGACCCACUAAUAAACACAGGCUCUUCACUCAGAGAGAUUGA